AUGCCUGCCAUGUCGCGCAUUGCCCUGACUUUGGGCCUGGCUCUGGGUGCUUCUGCCGCCAAGAACUCAAUCGUCGCGCCCACUGGAGCUGAAAAGCUUACCGUUGGUCUUCUUGGAGACUACGGCUGGACUGGCUGGCAGCCUCUGCCUCUGGACUUUUGCAACAACGCCCUGCCUAAGCUUCAGGCUGAUGGCGUGACUAUUCCUCGCGAUCUCCAGAAUGAUUGUGACCCCGGUGACCGUGCUGCUAUCUCCAAUGCCACCAUCGAGGAGACCCGCACUGCCAACUACAUCGAAAAGGUCUGCCUCCAGAAGAACUGCUCAGCCUUCGUAUCCGUUGGCGACAACUUCUACGACAGCGGAGUCGACUUCACCUCCGAGGGUAUCCAGCGCUUCUACGAAGGCUGGGCGAACAUGUACGUCGGCAAAGCCUUCGACGGCAAGCCCUGGUACCAAGCGCUGGGCAACCACGACAUCGUCGCCGGCAAAGCGGGCGUGGACUUCCAAACCCGCAUCGCACCCCUCAUGGAAGACCGAUGGUACUUUGGCAACGACAACCUGCCGUACUACACCUACGACCUGAAGGGCUCCAACUGGACCGCGACCUUUGCCGUCGUCGACUCGGACUGCUUCAUCAACAAGUACCAACAGAGCACCUCGGUGUACAACACGGACUACGUGAUCGAAUGCCACCAGACGACGCAGACGCAAGUCGAGUUCCUGCGCAAGGCCUUCGCCGAGUCCACCGCAACCUGGAAGAUCCUGCAGAUCCACCACGGAUUCAUCUCCUCCUCCACAAACUACACCGAACUCGCACCGCUGAUGGACAUUGUCCGGGAGAACAACGCCGUCGUGAUUAACGGCCACGACCACUGCAUGGCGCACUACCAGUUCAACGGCACAAACUUCGUUCUCACCGGUGGUGCGGGUUACGCCGAGGCUGGUGAUUGCAAUUACGGUGUUCCUCUGGGUCCUUUUACCAAGUGGCUUGGUGCUGAUGCGCAGCAGGCUGCCAAUGGAUUUGUUACGCUGGAUAUUAGCUACAAUGCGCUGCACUUUGAGUACUAUGCUCGUGAUAUGCAGUUGAAGGGUGCUGAUUAUUAUCCCGUUGCUAACGAGAUGAAGCCGUCCUACAGCUUUGAUGUUACUCAGCAUGCUACCAAGGCUUAA